AUGCGAGAUCGUGAAGAGAAAAUGAGCACUUUCAGAGGUACUAGUGACUUCUGCCAGCCCGACGUUCAGAGGUGUUUGAACGGCACCGAGCCCGCCAAGCUCCGUCAGGUCAAGGUCAGGUAUGAUCUGAACGGUUUCUCCUACGCCAAGACCACCGUUGGAUCAGAGGCAUGGGAUUUGCGCGAAGACUAG